CCCGCAAUCUCUGGGAUCUUGUACGAUGCGAUGGAUGCACGCAUGCGGCAACACGUUUGCUCUUCAUGGGGGACCAGAAGCAUGUCGAGCCGAGUCGCUUUCGUUGUCUAAAGUGCAGAUCAUUAGUGUUGUACGUCAUGUCUCUCUCAUACUGUCCCUUCUCCGCCGUGUUUCAAGUAGAUGUCUUUCACCGUAUCACAAUCCAACCCCGUCAACAUCAUGGCCGAGCAAACCCUGUCCCUGGCCUCGCGUAUCACAUUGAACAAUGGCCUGUCCAUGCCGCGCAUCCACCUGGGCGUGUACCUGAUGUCGGGCAGGGAGGCCAACACCGCCGUCUCCCAUGCCCUGGAUGCCGGCUACCGCGCCUUUGACUCGGCGCAAAUGUACCACAAUGAGAUGGACGUGGGCGAUGCCAUUCUCGGCUACCUCUCGUCUCACAAGGACCUGAAGCGAGAAGACAUCCAUUAUACCAGCAAAUUGGCCAGUAAUAGCGACUACGACACUGCCCGCAAGAGCAUCUCGAGGAGUGUCAAGGAGUGCGGGCUGGGGUAUAUUGACCUGUUCCUGUUACAUUCUCCAUAUGGCGGGAAGCAGAAGCGACUCGAGAGUUGGCGAGCCGUCGAAGAUGCCAUUCAGGAUGGCGAAGUGAGGAUUGGCGGUGUUAGUAACUUUGGUAUCAAGCACAUCGACGAACUGCUCGCGAGCAGGCCUCGUAUAAAGCCCGCCGUCAACCAAAUCGAGGUCCACCCCUUCAACACUCGCACCAAAGUCACCGACCACUGUCAAGCAAACGACAUUGUGGUCGAAGCCUACGCACCCUUGGCCCGAGCACUGCGCAUGAAGCAUCCCAAGAUCGUCGAGCUCGCCUCCAAGUACCGCUGCAAUCCUGGGCAGUUGCUGGUGAGAUGGAGUCUGCAGCAUGGCUUUGUCCCGCUGCCCAAGAGCGUCAAGAAGGAGCGCAUCCAGCAGAAUGCCGAUGUCGCUGGCUUCAACAUUGACGCCGCGGAUAUGAAGACUAUGGAUGGUCUGGACGAGUAUCUCGUUACUGAUUGGGAUCCUCUCGACGCGCCGUAGAUGGAAGCAGUGUAGUCCGUAUCUACUCGCAAACUGGACCUUCGCAUGCUGCUCAUGAAUAUGUAGUUGACUUCAAUGUUGCAUUUCAUACUCGGG